CGAGCUAGCGGAGGUUGGGGCUACUAGCUCAGGGCUGCGGCGGCCAGACCAGGCUCCACGCCAUUGUCCAGGGUCAGGAGUCAGAGCUGCAGGUGCAGGACAGGGCGGGCCAGGUGGCGCAUUACUAGCGCCUUUCGCGUUGUAUUCUUGGGAUUGCCUAGCUGCGCUCUAGAGGUUUGCAUCCGCCCAGUGAGGAAACUGAGGGCGAGAAGUGGGAGGAGGUGCCAUCUGCAGGGCCAGGCCAUCUGCACCCCUCCCCACUGCACUUCUCCGGGGACGCCGCAGGCGCUUCCCUGAAGGAGGAGCCCCGCGCGCGGAGGAGGAGCCAGGGCAGCCCCCGGGAGCCAGAACACCAUUCUCCAGGAUAAGAGACAGAUUCUGACAGGCACCCCGCCACGGGCAGGAGGUUCGGGGCACAGCCUCAUGGAAGAGAAGCAAAUUCUAUGCGUGGGGCUGGUGGUGCUGGAUAUCAUCAAUGUGGUGGACAAGUACCCGGAGGAAGACACGGAUAGCAGGUGUCUCUCCCAGAGAUGGCAACGUGGAGGCAACGCGUCCAACUCCUGCACCGUUCUGUCCCUGCUCGGAGCCCCCUGUGCCUUCAUGGGCUCGCUGGCCUCUGGCCCUGUUGCCGAGGUCCCUAGUGGCCCUGCCCUCCAGUCCCCCAAACCCUUGCCGAACUGCACCUCCCCUGGGUUACUCCACCCUGGCAGUUUUGUCCUGGAUGACCUCCGUCGCUAUUCCGUGGACCUACGCUACACGGUCUUUCAGACCUUGGGCUCCAUCCCCAUCUCCACAGUCAUCAUCAACGAGACCAGUGGUAGCCGCACCAUCCUCCAUGCCUACAGCUUCCUGGUGGCUGACUUCAGGCGGCGAGGCAUAGAUGUGUCUCAUGUGGCCUGGCAGAGUAGGGGGGACACCCCCUGCUCUUGCUGCAUCGUCAACAACUCCAGUGGCUCCCGUACCAUUGUGCUCUACGACACGAACCUACCAGAUGUGUCUGCUAAGGACUUUGAGAAGGUGGAUCUGACGCGGUUCAAGUGGAUUCACAUUGAGGGCAGGAAUGUUUCAGAACAGGUAAAGAUGCUGCAGCGGAUAGAGCAGCACAAUGCCAGGCAGCCUCCAGAGCAGAAGAUCCGGGUGUCCGUGGAGAUAGAGAAGCCCCGAGAGGAGCUGUUCCAGCUGUUUGGCUAUGGGGAGUUGGUGUUUGUCAGCAAAGAUGUGGCCAAGCACCUGGGGUUCCAGUCAGCAGUGGAAGCCCUGAGGGGCUUGUAUGGUCGUGUGAGGAAAGGGGCCACCCUUGUCUGUGCCUGGGCUGAGGAGGGUGCUGAUGCCCUGGGCCCUGAUGGCCAGCUGCUCCAUUCGGAUGCCUUCCCACCACCCCGGGUAGUGGACACUCUGGGGGCUGGAGAUACCUUCAAUGCCUCUGUCAUCUUCAGCCUCUCCCAGGGCAAGAGCAUGCAGGAGGCACUGAGAUUUGGCUGUCAGGUGGCUGGCAAGAAGUGUGGCCUGCAGGGGUUUGAUGGCAUCGUGUGAGAGCCAUGUGGCAGGAGACACUGGCUCAUCAUCUCCCGUGAAGGCUGGCAUCACUGGCUACCAUUGCCUUCGCCCUUCUGUCUAGCCUGGCAUCCAGGCUGCCCUGAACCCAGGCAGAUGUGGUCAGUAGGAAGGACUCUGCUUGGGUCCUGUGUCCUUUGUCCUUCCCUUUCCCCAUAUCUCACCCUGCAGAGCCUCAGAUCAAAUAAAUCUUCCCCUGAGCCAGUUUCCUCU